ACGUCACAUUUCCCUUUAUUCUUUGCGACACAACAAUGGCAGCGCCCAUGUGAAGAUUCCGGACCGGUGCGGAUAUUUUGUGGUUUGUUGACUAUUACUCUGUGAUAAAUGUUCUGAAUUGGUGGUAUGAUAUGCAGACCGGCUUGAUGCAUUAGAAACACACACAACAGUCUACACCAUGUUACAAAGGAGAUGUGUGAGGUUUGGGAGUACAGUCUCCACCAGGGUCCUGUCUCAUCACCACACCGGCCAUGACAGGAGACGCUGUCACACCGGCAGGUAUGAUGUCAUCGUUGUCGGAGGAGGGCAUGCUGGGACAGAAGCGGCAGCGGCUGCGGCCAGGAUGGGGGCCAACACUCUCCUGGUCACGCACAAACUGGACACUAUAGGUGAGAUGUCUUGUAACCCAUCAUUUGGAGGUGUGGGGAAGGGUCACCUGAUGAAGGAGAUUGAUGCACUGGAUGGAGUCUGUGCCAGGAUUUGUGACAAAUCAGGGAUUCAAUAUAAAGUUCUGAACACAAGAAAAGGUCCUGCAGUGUGGGGCCCCCGGGCACAGAUUGACCGUUCCCUGUACAAGAAGCACCUCCAGGAUGAGCUGUUCAGCGACACCCCUAACCUGACUUUCCUGGCCAGGCCUGUGGAGGACCUGAUCCUGACACCCAACAGCCAGCCUGACUCGGAUGUGUGUAAACAACUGGUGCGGGGGGUCAGGCUGGAUGAUGGGCAAUGUAUCCAUGGUGACACCGUUGUCCUGACAACAGGUACCUUCCUGAGGGGACAGAUCAACAUCGGCCUGGAGACCAGACCAGCAGGCAGGGUGGGCGACGCUCCGGCCAUCGGGCUGGCCAGAUCACUGGAGGACGCAGGCUUCACUGUGGGCAGGCUCAAGACAGGUACACCACCCAGGGUGGAUGGACGUACCAUAGACUACACACAUCUGUCCCCACAGCCUGGAGACGACCCUCCACAGCCUUUCUCUUUCCUCAAUGAUGCUGUGUGGAUCAAGCCAGAAGACCAGGUGCUCUGUCACCUUACCCACACCAACUCCACUGUGGACAAGAUAAUCCUGGAUAAUCUUCACCUGGACAGACAUGUACUGGAGGAGACUACAGGACCGAGAUAUUGUCCCUCCAUCGAAUCCAAGGUCUUGAGAUUCCCAAAAAGACCCCACCAAAUAUGGCUGGAACCUGAAGGCCUGGACACCCCCGUGGUGUACCCCAAUGGUAUCUCCUGCACGCUGCCAGCAGAGGUUCAGGUGGACAUGGUCAGACAGAUCAGGGGGCUGGAGAGGGCAGAGGUCAUCCGGCCUGGUUAUGGUGUAGAUUAUGACUACAUGGACCCUCGGCAGCUGAAGGCAUCACUGGAGACCCACAGGAUAAAGAACCUGUUCUUCGCCGGGCAGAUCAACGGCACCACAGGGUAUGAAGAGGCAGCAGCUCAGGGUAUCAUAGCAGGAAUCAAUGCAGUGUUGAAAGUACAGAACAGACCAGCCUUCACUGUUAGCAGAACAGAAGGGUACAUCGGAGUUCUCAUAGACGACCUCACCACACAGGGUACCAACGAGCCGUACCGAAUGUUCACCAGUAGAGCGGAGUUCCGACUGUCCCUGAGACCAGACAAUGCUGACGAGAGACUGACAGAGAAGGGACACCAGGCAGGCUGUGUCAGUCACUACAGAUAUCACAGGUUCAUGGACAUUAAACACUCGCUGGACAGCAGUCUACAGCUCUUGAAAUCCUUCAGUCAGUCAUCAACCAAGUGGAAGAGACAACUGAAUUAUGAUCUGUUGAGUGAAACAAAAUCAGGGACUCAAAGUGCCUUUGACUUGUUGAAAUACCCAGAUAUGACCAUAGCCCGGUUGGGAGAUGUUGUUCCAGAGCUGAGACACCUGGUACCAAACAGACAGCUGUGCAAUAGGCUCCAGAUAGAAGCGAUGUACUCAUGCAUGCUGAAAAAGCAGGAGCAGGAGAUACAGGAGGUACGGCGGGACGAGGCCAUGACCCUUCCUGACAACCUGGACUUUACCCGGUUACGCGUGUCAACCGAGGUCAUAGAGAAACUGGCAUUGACAAGACCACAGACAAUUGGAGCUGCCAGCAGAAUACCUGGUAUCACACCAGCUGCCAUGGUUCAACUACUGAGAUAUGUCAAGAACUUCAACAGACAGAAACGUGGGUCAGAGACCCAAGAACUCAAUCCAGCUUGACAUAGAAGCAAUGACAAGGACCUGUGGAAUACGAAUAGAUGAGGGGGUUGAUAGUUAGAUAUACAUGUUUCAUACUAAUUAUGGCCUUUAAGUAUGUUUUGUAGCAUGCUAAUUUUAAAUUUAUUUAUGAGGUGCUAUCAGCCAACACUGUCUUUGAUUUGGCAUGAAUCAAACACUUUAUAUUGUAUGGAGUUGAUAGGUAAAUUUAAGUAUUUUUGUA